CGUCCCACCUAUUCAACUUCCUCCGCAUCGUCUCCUUCCCCUGUGUACUUAUCCUUUCGCUUCGCAUCUCGAUCUCGUCUCCCAUGGCGCCCAAGGGUGAGAAGAAGCCCGCGGAGAAGAAGCCCGCGGCGUCCGAUAAGGCCGGGGAGGAGAAGGAUAAGGAGAAGGAGAAGGAGAAGAAGGCGGCGGAGAAGGCCCCCGCGGAGAAGAAGCCGAGGGCGGAGAAGCGCUUGCCCUCGUCGUCGUCGGCGAAGGAGGGGGGCGACGCGAAGGGUAAGAGGAAGAAGAAGGCGAAGAAGGGGACGGAGACGUACAAGAUCUACAUCUUCAAGGUGCUGAAGCAGGUCCACCCCGACAUCGGCAUCUCGAGCAAGGCCAUGAGCAUCAUGAACUCCUUCAUCAACGACAUCUUCGAGAAGCUCGCCCAGGAGUCCUCUCGCCUCGCCCGCUACAACAAGAAGCCCACCGUCACCUCCCGCGAGAUCCAAACCUCCGUGCGCCUCGUCCUCCCCGGCGAGCUCGCCAAGCACGCCGUCUCCGAGGGCACCAAGGCCGUCACCAAGUUCACGAGCUCGUAAUCGGUUAGGGUUUUGGGUUGGAUGGCUUCUAACUGAUCUGAUUUGGGGGCUUAGUAGUUAUGUUUUAGGUUUUGGUUUUAGUAGAUGCAUCUAUGAAUGGUUGUUCCCUGGUGUAAAAUAUAGUGUUUUUUUUUUUUUCCCCCUUAAAUGUGAAACAUAAUGCUUCAUCCUUUAUCUCAGGUUGCUUUGAUUUUGCCAUUGUUUCUUCAA